CCCACCGAUGUCCUUCCUCCUUUCUCUCUCUCAUCUCUUCUCAAAAAGAUUCAUGGAUUAACCUACAAGGACUUGUUUGGGAUUUCAUCAUGAACACUACGCUCUUCCUUGUCACCCCUGUGUGCUACUUUCUCCUUUUUAAUAUCCUUUUCCACAGUGGAACGUGUUCUGAGGCUGAGCAUCGACUCUUUUCUGGCAUCUUUGCCAACUAUAACCAGUACAUCAGACCAGUUGAGAAUGUCUCUGACCCAGUCAUAGUCCAAUUUGAAGUGUCCAUGUCCCAGCUUGUGAAAGUGGAUGAAGUUAACCAGAUUAUGGAGACAAAUCUUUGGCUAAGACACAUAUGGAAUGACUACAAAUUGAGGUGGAAUCCCAAAGAUUUUGGAGGUGUGGAGUUCAUCCGUGUUCCUUCUAACAGGAUCUGGAAGCCAGACAUUGUGUUAUAUAACAAUGCAGUGGGAGACUUCCAGGUGGAUGAUAAAACCAAAGCUCUUCUUCGCUACAAUGGAGAUGUCACAUGGAUUCCUCCUGCCAUUUUCAAAAGCUCAUGCAAGAUUGAUGUCACCUACUUUCCCUUCGACUACCAGAACUGCACCAUGAAGUUCGGCUCGUGGACUUACGACAAGGCCAAGAUUGACUUGGUACUUAUUGGUUCCACAAUCAACCUGAAGGAUUUCUGGGAGAGCGGAGAGUGGAUGAUUAUUGAUGCGCCAGGCUACAAGCAUGACAUUAAAUACAACUGUUGCGAGGAGAUCUACACGGAUAUUACUUACUCGCUCUACAUCCGUCGUCUGCCCCUUUUCUACACCAUUAACAUGAUCAUCCCUUGCCUGCUCAUCUCAUUCUUAACUGUUCUCGUAUUCUAUCUUCCAUCAGACUGUGGGGAAAAGGUGACACUUUGCAUCUCAGUUCUCCUCUCCCUCACUGUCUUCCUCUUGGUCAUCACUGAAACUAUUCCUUCUACCUCUCUGGUAAUUCCACUAAUUGGUGAGUACCUCCUCUUCACCAUGAUCUUUGUCACACUUUCCAUAGUCAUCACCGUUUUUGUGCUUAAUGUGCAUUACCGAACACCUAAGACCCAUUCCAUGCCACGUUGGGUGCGUCAUGUAUUCCUUAGCCUCCUUCCCAGAAUUAUGUUCAUGACCAGGCCUGAGCGAGGUCCAGGAAAGCACAAAAGUUUCAGAGCUUCUCAUCGAUCAUGUUCUCUCCAUCCUCCCAAUACCUUUCCCCAACAUAUGAACAAGCAGCAUGGCCUACCAGGAAGCCUUUCUCGGCGCACUCCGCUUUUGCUCAGUACCGAACUCAACACCCUGAGUGAAGCUGUUAAGGCGACCUCAAGUUUCUUAUGCAGAGAUGGGAGAUGUACCUGCUGCAUGAGGCAGCUCUCUACUAAACUACCCACAGAUGGAACUGGAGUGGCAGGAGUGGGUACUUCGGGCGCAAUUAGUGGAGCAGCCAUAAUAGUAGGAAGUGGAGCAGGAGGAAGCAGCCCUUGUUCGAGCUCUGAUUCUUUGGAUGGGGGACUUUUGACUCUCUGCACACUGUCACCAGAAGUUCAAGACGCUAUCGAGAGCGUUAAGUACAUUGCAGAGAAUAUGAAGCUGCAAAAUGAAGCCAAAGAGGUCCAGGAUGACUGGAAAUACGUGGCCAUGGUGAUUGACAGAAUCUUCUUGUGGGUGUUUAUCCUGGUGUGCAUUCUGGGAACUGCAGGACUCUUUUUACAGCCCCUUCUCAUGGGAGAAGAUAUGUGAUUCUCCAUGAUCUUCUUAAACAGACUUGAGAUACCGUGGAGGGUGUGGAGGGUGUGGAGGGUGUGUUUGACUUUAUAAACAUUAAACCAAGGACAUCCAGAGCACUCAGUAGUCCUUGUAUAGUAGCUUCCUAUUUUUAUUUUUAUUUUUUGAGAAGACUUCCAAGAAGUGAGUAAAAAGAAAACAACAUUUUUCAACUAAUUUCUUAAGCACCUAAAGAUCAUUAGAUCUAAAAUUUCACAAAGAAUUGUGGUUCCAGAGUUUUUUAUGUAGUACAUUGUAUUGUUAAAUGUCAUAAUGUCAUGAAUGACUGGAUUUUCAUGCUUGUUUAAAAAUAAAAUAAAUAAAAG